AUGAUGUCUAAGGCUCCAAGCAAUCAAUUAGAACUGAACGCCAAGGACGAUUCCGAAGCGGAGCAUCAAGAUAACCGCCUGCAAGAGAUCGCAUGCCAUGAAGGUGCAGAAGACUCAGACAAACCAGAAGAAGCGAUCAAAGUGCCGCAAACGAUGGAGGAAACAUCUGCUGACAUAAGCUCUAUGUCAUCUCCCAGCGUCUCGCCCAUCUCCUCACCCUGCACUGACUCGCCAUCUCCUAUCAAUCAAACACAGCAAGCAGAAGGUGGUAAAGCAAAGGGCUCUCCAUAUUCACCGUCAUGUGUGAUGCCAUCCAAUGAAGAAGAGCCUCGCCCUUGUGAGUUUGAAAGAGAGCAACUUGUCAAAGAGCUGGAGCAAACGCAGCAGGAAUUGUCUCGGCUUCAGCAGCUAAGCAGCAACUUGCAAAGUGAGCUACAACAGGAGAGGGAGAGUCAUUUAAAAGAAAAGAAUGAGCUUCUGUUCAAUUCUAACUCAUCAUCAGAGCCAGCUUCAACGCUGCAGCGACUGCAGAAGAUGAACCACGAACUCCGCGUUGAGUUGGAAGCACAAAAAAGAAUACACGAGGAAGCCAGGGAAGCUGAACUACGUCAGAGAGUGGACAUCUUGGCUCAACAAGCCCAGCUACUUGUGCGAGGGGAUGCAACGGCCCUUGCUCAGGCCCAUCUAGAGCAAGAACGCAGAUAUUUCCACAAGCAGCAGGCGGAGUGGGAACAUUCUGUCAGCUCCUUGAAGACCCAGCUAAGCUUCAGUGAAGAAAAGAGGAAAGAGUCAGAGCUGCAUGUGAAUCAGCUCCAGGGGGAGUUGUACAGUCACCAGGCUGUUUGGAAGGAGGCUGACGAGCUGAAGAAAGCUCUUCAGGAGGCCACAACAAAACUCCACACCAAUGAGGAUGCACAAGCUCAGAAAGAAUCUCUCCUGCAUAAGCAUCUCAUCCUCCUUCAAGCUAGCCAAGACCGAGAACGGAAGAGUUUGGCAGCCAGCUUGGCCUGGGCAGAACAACACUCGCAAGAACUUCAGGAGAGACUGGAAAGAGUUGAGCAGCAAGUUGAGAGCCAAGAUAAGAUGCUCAUGAGGAGUAGGGACAUUGAAGACACUCAACAACAACUCCAAGAGGAGUUAGCGUCGUCAGUGGCUGCUGUGCAAAGGUAUCGAGAUGAAAAAGAGCAGACUGAGCGACAAUGUCAGGAGCUGGAAUUUCGCUUGUCAGAGGAACAUGAAGAGGUGAGCAGGCUGAAGAGCAGCUUGACGACAGAAGAGGCACACUACCGAGACCUUAAACAUUCAUAUGAGUGUAUCUCAGAGAAACUCCUGGAGGCUUUGGAGGAGGCGCAGCAAAGGGAGUCUGAAACUCGGGAAAUGCGUGACAGCUUUGAGAGGCACCUUGACACCAAGGAGCAAGAACUGAGUGAGGUUUUGCUGAAGAUGGAGAUCUUGGGUAAUUGUUUGGAGGAGACGGAAGCACAGCUCAAUGAGAUGCUCACAGUUUGCACCUGUGCUUCUUCUCAAGUGGAGGAUGAGUCUUUGGAGGCAGUGUUGCACACUGAGGUGAUAGCAGAACCACAAGUCCCAAGUGACAGCAGGUUAGAGGAAAGAGACGUGUUUUCUGGGAGUCCGGAUGAUCUGAACAGCCAUCAUCAUGCAAGAAUCCGGUCUCAUUCCCUUGGCCCAUCGCACCAGUACAUCAUCACUUCAGGAGAUGACCCAGAACGCUUUACAUCGGUGAUCCAGUUACUUGAAACAAAGCUGUUCGUAACAGAGGAGAAACUAAGGGAAAUCACUGAACGACUUGAGGAACGCCAGGAUCAAAAGGCCUGCCAGGACCCCCACCUUGAGUGUCAGCUCACACAAAGCCAAGCCUCACCCCAGCAUCUUGCGCAGUUGCUUCACAGCCGGACUAGGCAGAGCCAGCGUUUUGCUCAGGAGACGGAGAACAUUUGCAGGCUUUUAGCCGGUCGCUUUCAAAUUGCACUGAACAUCGUACGAAGCUGUCGAGAGAAACUUCAAACCAGCAGCACAAUUGAGUUGAUUGACUUUGAGAGGAAACUAUCAGCUGUUGAGACAUGUCUUCAGCAAGGACGGCACGAUGCAGAGAAACAACAAAAUGCAUCUUUUAAUGCUCACGAGAUGGAGGAAAAAAUCCUCAGUGAUGUAUUGGUCGAACCUGAGAGCAAGAUUAAUGCAAAUGGGGAACUCGCUAACAACGUACAUUCAGACGAUGUUACAAGUGUGGGGCAGUGUUUGAUGAGGGAAUUCAUUUUAGUUGAAAAAAUGUCAGCAGCCCUAAAGAGUUCAAAUGAAGAACUCGAG